UUUUACUUCACUUUGUCUUUCCCACAUGCUUCCGGUGUGAAUGAUCUAAGAGAACCGGCGAAGAAACUAUACCAGAUAAAAUAUGCCGAAAAAGGGUAAAGGAAAAGCAAAAGAAGAGGAACUCUGGAACGGCGAUGAAGAGGAAAAAGCGUUAGAUGAAAAAAUGAAGAAAUUAGCGACGGAUGAUGGUGCAGCUGGAAAAGAGAAGAAGAAAAAGAAGAAAUCAAAACUGGCCCAGCUAGCUGAAAUAAUGGCAGCAGAGGACGAUGAAGAGGAAGUAAAAGAGGAAGAAAUUGUUGAACCACAAAAGAAAGAAAAGAGCAAACCUAAGGUAGAGGAGAGGGAGGAGGUGAAGUUUGAUUAUUACGAGUCUGACGAGGAAGGACAGAAGGAUGAAGAAGAGGAAAAAGCAGAGGAACAGGUGGAGGAAAACAAACCCAAACUCAGCAAGAAGGAAAUGAAGAAACUCAAAAAGCAGGCCGAGUACCAGAAACAGCUGGAAAGCAUGGAGGCCGGAGGGGUGGAAAAUUUCACCGUUUCACAGGCGGAGAAAUCUGCUAAAGCCACCAUACUGGACAGUCAGGAUAUCAAAGUGGAGAACUUCUCCAUCGCUGCUAAAGGAAAAGAUCUGUUUGUCAACGCCAGCUUGUACAUCACCGCAGGGAGGAGAUAUGGUCUGGUGGGUCCUAACGGUCAUGGAAAGACGACCCUUCUGAAUCACAUGGCCAAGAAGAUUCUGAACAUUCCAGCUAGUAUUGAUAUUCUGCUGUGUGAGCAAGAGAUUGUGGCGGAUGAGACCAAAUCCAUUGAUUCUGUUCUGAAGGCUGACAAGGUCCGCACCGCUCUCCUAGAGGAAGAAAAAAAGCUCCAAGUGGAAGUGGAAAAAGGGAACACAAAAAUCAAUGAAAGACUUCAGGAGGUUUAUGACGAGCUUCGAGCCAUUGGUGCUGACGCAGCAGAACCAAAGGCCAGGAGGAUCCUCGCAGGUCUUGGAUUCACGAAAGAGAUGAUGGAGCGCCCCACAAAGAAUCUCUCGGGAGGUUGGAGAAUGAGGGUGUCCCUGGCUAGAGCCCUGUUCCUGGAGCCCACCCUCCUCUUACUGGACGAGCCCACGAAUCACUUGGAUCUCAAUGCCGUUAUUUGGCUGGAUAAUUAUCUGCAGACCUGGAAGAAGACGCUGCUGGUGGUCUCUCACGACCAGAGCUUUUUGGACAAUGUCUGUACGGACAUUAUUCAUCUAGAUCAGCACAAGUUGUUCUAUUACAGAGGAAAUUACGCGACCUUUAAGAAGAUGUUGAAGCAAAAGAGAAAAGAACAAGCCAAGGCAUAUGAGAAGCAGGAAAAGAUGUUAAAGGAAAUGAAAGCUUCAGGUAAAUCAACAAAAGUGGCUGAAGCCAAACAGAAAGAGGCCCUGACACGAAAGCAGGAGAAGAAUAGAAACAAGAAAAUGCAGGCUGCCAUUGAAGAAGAGAACAAACCUACAGAAUUGUUACAGAAACCAAAAGAGUACAUUGUCAAGUUCAAUUUCCCCAACCCCAGCCCAUUGAAUCCUCCAAUAUUGGGUCUGAAUAAUGUGACAUUUGCGUAUGGAAACAACCCGGCAUUGUUUGUGAAUCUGGACUUUGGAAUUGACAUGAGUUCAAGAGUUGCUAUAGUGGGACCUAACGGUGUUGGAAAGUCUACGUUUUUAAAACUCCUUGUGGGAGAUCUAGAACCUCAGAAAGGAGAUAUGAUUAAAAAUCAUAGACUGAGAAUUGGGAAAUAUGACCAACAUUCUGCAGAUCAGCUAAAUAUGGAUGAGACACCGUGUGAGUAUUUACAAAGACUGUUUAACAUCCCAUAUCAGGACUCCAGAAAAAUGCUCGGAAAAUUCGGGCUGGCCAGUCAUGCCCACACAAUUAAAAUUCGCGAUCUUUCUGGAGGACAAAAAGCCCGGGUUGCCCUGGCAGACCUCUCAUGUCGCGCGGCAGAUGUGUUGAUUCUUGACGAGCCUACCAAUAAUCUGGAUAUUGAAUCGAUCGAUGCUCUCGGUGAUGCAAUAAACGAUUACGAGGGAGGAGUUAUUAUUGUGUCUCACGACGAGAGACUGAUCCGAGAUACAGACUGCACUCUGUGGGUGGUGGAGGAUCGUACUAUUAAUGAGGUGGAUGGUGGAUUCGAUGACUAUCGUCGUGAACUUCUGGAAUCUUUGGGAGAGGAAGUGGUGAUAGCUCAGCCAACAGAUAUAAACUGAGGAAUGUCUAGAAUGUUGGUUAUUUAUAUAUAAGAUAUUUGUUUUGGUGCAAUGUUUUUGGAGGAUAAUGAAAUGUCAAAUUUUUUUUGGCACUAAUUUCUUUUUCCAGGUUAGUGCUUGUAAAAAUUUUUGGAAAAAUUACGAUUGAUAAGGCAAUAUGCUCUCUCUUUAUGUCUACCAUAUAAAAGGUUAAAUUGAAGAUAUUAAUUUUAUUGGAAAAAAAUAUUAUACAUGUAUUUUCCUUCUAAUUUUGGAUACCUGCAGUUUUAUAAU